CUCAUUAACCUCCACAAAAAUCACGUACUUUCUCCUCCCUUUGAGUGUUGUUGCUUCUUCUGCACAUCACCUUCUAUUUGCAGAAGAAGUACCUUUAUUCAUCAUUCCAAUGGGGUUUCAAAACAUUGAAACCCCACGAGAAGACACGCCUCUUCUCUCUAAUGCACCUAUUCUCUCCUCAAAAUUCAAGACCUUUGCCAAUGUCUUCAUAUCUAUUGUGGGUUCUGGCGUGCUUGGCCUUCCUUAUACCUUCAAGAAAACAGGUUGGCUAAUGGGUUUGCUUAUGAUUUUCCUCGUUGCAUUCCUAACUUACUAUUGCAUGAUGCUCCUCGUCCACACUCGUCGCAAGCUUGAAUCCAUUGUGGGGUUUCCUAAAAUCAACUCUUUCGGAGAUUUAGGGUAUGCCAUUAGUGGCCAUGUUGGAAAAUCAUUCAUUGAUGCCAUGAUCGUGAUUUCUCAAUGUGGUUUCUGUGUCGGAUACCUUAUUUUCAUUUCCACCACUUUGGCCCAUCUCGCUAGUAACACAUCAACAUCGUCCUUAUUUUUGGGUUUCACACCAAAGGUCUUGUUUCUAUGGAGUUGUUUUCCCUUCCAAUUAGGGUUGAAUGCAAUCCCAACUUUGACCCAUUUGGCUCCUUUAAGCAUUUUUGCUGAUGUUGUUGAUAUUACAGCCAAGAGUGUGGUGAUGGUGGAAGAUGUGUUUGUGUUUAUGAAGAAUAGACCUCAUUUGGAGGCUUUUGGGGGUUGGUCUAUGUUUUUCUAUGGUUUAGGUGUGGCUGUGUAUGCAUUUGAAGGGAUAGGAAUGGUUUUGCCGUUGGAAUCAGAGGCCAAGGAUAAGGACAAAUUUAGUGGCGUUCUUGGUUUGGGAAUGUUUCUCAUUUCUCUAUUGUAUGCAACAUUUGGUGCUUUGGGUUACUUUGCUUUUGGGGAACAAACUCAAGGGAUUAUUACUACCAAUCUGGGACAAGGAGUGGUAAGUGCUUUGGUGCAAUUAGGCCUUUGCAUCAACUUAUUUGUUACUUUUCCAUUGAUGAUGAAUCCUGUUUAUGAGGUGGUUGAGAGACGAUUAUGUGACUCUAAAUAUUGUUUGUGGCUAAGGUGGUUGUUGGUGUUGGGGGUAUGUUUGGUGGCACUUUCGGUGCCUAAUUUUGCAGAUUUUUUGUCAUUAGUGGGCAGUAGCAUUUGUGUCAUUCUUAGCUUUGUGUUGCCUGCUUUGUUCCAUUAUUUGGUGUUUAGAGAGGAGAUGAGUUGGAGUUGUAUAUUGUGGGAUGGGGCAGUAGUGGUUUUUGGGUUGGUUAUUGCAGUGACAGGAACUUGGUCCUCGUUAAUGGACAUUCUUGCCUCCAAUGCUUGAUUAGACAAGAAAACUUCCUAUUACCAACCACUUAAUCAUGAGUUUGAUUAAGUUGAGAUUUUUUUUUCCUUAUGGAGCAAUGGAAAUUUUUGCGUUUUUUGUGUAGUUUUUUUGGACGAAGCGAUGGAGGUUAAUUUUUACUUAAUUGGGUAAUCAAUUGCAUUUGACGCAAUUCUUAA